AAUAUGUUGGAUAACGCGGAUAACGCCAUAUGCCAAAAAUUACAGGUGCAAAAAGAAACUUUCGAGGGUGAUUUUCUGCAAUUUUCUCCCAUUUCCCAAUAUAUUUUCCCCAUAAAAUAAUGUUAAGUAAACCCGUGAGUUUGUGUAGAGUGUGAAAAUCUAGGAAAAUAGAGGAUUUUCUGUGUGAGCGGACGAAAAAAGCUACAAAGAUUGACACCGUGUGGGGGUGGGCGAGCGCCCCACUGCGCUUGGCGGCGAAUAGGAUGAGCGACGCCCUACUGGGUGACCGCGCCCCAUCGCCCGCACGCUUAGCACAUACAUCGGAUAAGCAUCCCCGGGGCACCCUUGCGGAACUCAACGUUCUCCGGCGUCACCAUGAGCUGUGCGAUGUGAUCCUCAAUGUGGGUGGGAGGAAGAUCUUUGCACACAGAGUAAUCCUAUCGGCAUGCAGCCCGUACUUUCGGGCCAUGUUCACGGGGGAACUGGAGGAAUCGCGCCAGACGGAGGUCACCAUCCGUGACAUCGAUGAGAAUGCCAUGGAAUUGCUUAUUGACUUCUGCUACACAUCCCACAUUGUGGUGGAGGAGUCAAAUGUGCAAACCCUCCUACCGGCUGCGUGCCUCCUGCAGCUGGCUGAGAUCCAGGACAUUUGCUGUGAAUUCCUCAAGCGACAGCUCGAUCCAACCAACUGCCUGGGCAUUAGAGCUUUCGCCGACACACACUCAUGCCGCGAGCUCCUCCGCAUUGCUGACAAAUUCACGCAACAUAAUUUUCAGGAGGUGAUGGAGAGCGAGGAAUUCCUUCUACUCCCCGUGGGCCAACUCGUGGACAUUAUUUGCAGUGAUGAGCUCAAUGUACGCUCCGAGGAGCAAGUUUUCAAUGCUGUAAUGGCAUGGCUCAAAUACAACGUUGCCGAUCGGCGACAGCACCUAGCGCAGGUGCUGCAGCACGUACGACUGCCACUACUCAGCCCCAAAUUCCUCGUUGGCACCGUUGGAUCGGAUCUUCUUGUGCGGAGUGAUGAAGCCUGCCGGGAUCUUGUGGAUGAGGCAAAGAACUACCUGCUUCUUCCGCAAGAGAGGCCACUAAUGCAGGGACCACGUACACGGCCAAGGAAGCCAACAAGACGCGGAGAGGUGCUCUUUGCUGUUGGAGGAUGGUGCUCUGGUGAUGCCAUUGCGAGCGUGGAGAAAUUCGAUCCACAGACGAAUGAUUGGAAAAUGGUGGCGCCCAUGAGUAAGCGUCGCUGUGGCGUCGGUGUGGCCGUACUCAAUGAUCUCUUGUACGCCGUUGGUGGUCACGAUGGGCAGAGCUAUCUCAACAGCAUCGAACGCUACGAUCCGCAGACAAAUCAGUGGUCAUGCGAUGUGGCACCCACAACUUCUUGCCGCACAAGUGUCGGUGUGGCUGUGCUCGAUGGAUUUCUGUAUGCAGUUGGUGGUCAAGAUGGGGUACAGUGCCUCAAUCAUGUGGAACGGUAUGAUCCGAAGGAGAAUAAAUGGGCGAAAGUGGCACCGAUGACAACAAGACGCUUGGGUGUUGCUGUAGCCGUUCUCGGGGGGUAUCUCUACGCAAUUGGGGGGAGUGAUGGGCAGUGCCCCCUCAAUACGGUUGAACGCUUCGAUCCGCGACAGAAUAAGUGGUGUGCUGUUAGCCCCAUGUCCACGCGUCGGAAGCACCUGGGUUGCGCUGUGUUCAACAACUACAUCUACGCCGUGGGUGGACGGGAUGAUUGCAUGGAAUUGUCAUCGGCUGAACGCUACAAUCCGCACACAAAUACAUGGAGUCCCAUUGUAGCCAUGACGUCGCGACGUAGCGGCGUGGGGCUUGCCGUUGUCAAUGGGCAGCUGUACGCUGUUGGGGGAUUCGAUGGCACAGCUUACCUCAAGACAAUUGAGGUGUACGAUCCGGAGACAAAUCAAUGGCGCCUCUGUGGCUACAUGAACUACAGGCGCUUAGGCGGUGGAGUUGGUGUCAUGAGGGCACCACAAACUGAGAAUUACAUGUGGGUUCGAAAGGAUUCAGUAGUAUAGGCAAAAAAUGGAUUAAAAGUGAAUCCAUUUGAUGCUUCAAUUUAUUUAUUUUAAUCUCUCUUAGACGAUAAAAUGAAAAAGAAAAGAUAAAAUAGAGAUUAAUCCUUUAUGAUGAAUUUGGAUGAAAGCGGAAGUCACGUAAGUACAGCAUAAUAUAACUAAUUUCCUCUCAAAGUCGUUUCAUCUCUGCAAAAAACAAACAAACACAAAAAUAGCAAUAACGUCUUCACGAAUCACACACAAAACACCCUUUUAAUGGCACUCCUUGGGGGUAAAAAAUAAAUAAAAUAAUUCUGCCAAAAUGCCCUCUUCAUCUCUCUAUUAAAAAAAGAAACGUUGAGUAUUAUAAUUUUAUUCUAACGCGAAUAGAGAAAAAAAAUAAAAUUAACAUAAAUAGAAAUUUCUCAAAGAAAAAAAGACGCUUCAAAAGAUUUUUCUCUCACAACACAAAACGUCUCAUUAGAUUGACUCCAAAAAGUGGAUUUUUAGGUGAUUCUAAGCUAAGAAGAGGAAGGUUUUCGUUGGAGGAUUAGCAAUUUGAAUUGUAAGAUGUUAUGUAGCUUCUAUGUGAGAGAGAGAAAAAAUAUUAUUAUAUAUAAAUAAAAUAGACAAAAAUAUA